AUCUCAAUGAGUGUGGACUAAAACCACGGCCAUGCAAACACCGGUGUAUGAAUACCUACGGCAGCUACAAGUGCUACUGUCUGAAUGGCUACAUGCUUAUGCCAGAUGGAACGUGCUCGAAUGCCCUUUCUUGCUCGAUGGCAAACUGUCAGUACGGCUGUGAUGUACUGAAAGGGGAGGUACGGUGCCGCUGUCCUUCUCCAGGACUGCAGCUAGGGCCUGACGGCAGGACUUGCAUAGAUAUUGAUGAAUGUGCUACUGGGAGAGUUAUCUGUCCACGAUUUAGGCACUGCGUCAAUACUUUUGGAAGCUACGUUUGCAAGUGUCAUAAGGGCUUUGAUCUAAUGUACAUUGGAGGCAAAUACCAAUGCUAUGAUAUAGAUGAAUGUUCCCUUGGCCACCAUCAGUGUGGUAGUUUUUCACGAUGUUACAAUACACCAGGAUCCUACAAAUGCAAGUGUAAAGAAGGGUACAGAGACAAUGGAACAAACUGCAUACUUAUUGCUAAUGUUACGGUUGAACCACCUGGUCCGUAUCAUAUAUUUAAGGGCAACAGCACGCUCCCUAAGGGAGGCAGUGGUAAAACCAAUAGGAUUGCUGAUGUUGGAGGCACAAGGCAGCCCCUCAGACCGCUGUAUGUACCUGCUGUUGUUACAGAAAGGCCAGUGACCAGGCCAACGACUCGUCCUACACCCAGGCCAACAACUCGACCGACACCAAAGCCUCCACCUCCAACAUCACCUCAACCUACAACGUUAAGACCUACACUACCACCACAAAGAACUCCUCUGAUAACGACUGAAGAGCCUUUACGUGUUCCCAUUGAAACUACAUCUUCCCAAGGAACUACAGAUGACAACAGGAUCCAGCUAGAUCCUCAGAAACCCCGGGGAGAUGUGUUCAUUCCCCGCCAGCCUGGAGUGAGCAAUAAUCUGUUUGAAAUACUUGAAAUUGAAAGAGGGAUUACCGCCGAUGAAUUUGAAGCAAACGAUGACCCAGGUGUGCCGGUGCACAGCUGUAACUUUGAUAGCGGACUGUGCGGGUGGAUCAAGGACAAAGAUGACGACGUCCACUGGGAACCAGUGAGAGAUGCGUCAGGGGGACAGUAUCUUACCAUCUCUGACCCCACAGGCAAAGAAGGAGGGGUCGCACAUCUCAUCCUGCCCUUGGGUCCCACGGCUCAGGCCGGCGACUUGUGCCUGUCGUUCAGGCAUAAGGUUCCUGGACCACAUUCUGGUGCCCUCCAAGUCUUUGUAAGGAAAACCGGUGCUCACGGACCAGCCGUUUGGGGAAGAAAUGGUGGCCAUGGCUGGAGACAGACACACAUAACUUUACGAGGACUAGGCCUCAAGAGUGUUAUUUUCAAAGGGGAGAAGGGGAAAGGAAGAACUGGGGAUAUUGGACUAGACGAUGUGAUCUUGCGGAGAGGACGCUGCUCUGAAGAGCAUUAG